AUGGAUAGGUUAGUGUCUGUAGGCGCUCCAGUGUUACAGAGCACACCAAAGAAUACAGAAAGACGAAGUACUAAAUUGUUAAACUUAGAAACACCACAUAUUGCGUUGGCCGGUGGUGGUGCUGGUCGACCAAAUUUAGCUGUAAAUCAAAAAAAGUCGUUUGAGGCUAAUCUUGCAGCGUCAUCUUACAUUACAUUUGACAGUGCAUCUAAUAAGUCUCCGCCUGUUGACGAUCAGUCAGAUGUGAACACAAAUGUUAAUUCAUCUCGCCGUUCUGUGAAUAAGCAACUCUCUCAACCCCGACGAACUGCACCAAUUGCUAAUGAACGAUCUCGUAAUAAUUGGAUAUAUGUUAAUCGUAAAUGUACUCCUGGACCAAGUACACAACGUCGUGUAUCACCUUCAAAAAAUCAACAGACUGUUACAUCAAGUCGAAAUUUAAAAUUGAUGCAAAAACACCAAUUAAAUGAACGAGAAGUGAUUGAACCAAGGAAUAGUCAAGUUCAACGUAAGAAACGACGACUUCGAAGUGGUGUAAAAGCUUUAAAGGAAAUAAGAGCUUUUCAACGUAGUACAAAUUUAUUGUUAAGGAAGUUACCAUUUGCUCGAUUAGUACGUAGUUUGACAGUGAAUUCACUUGGUCCAAGAUAUUUAGAUUUUCGUUGGCAAGCUAUAUGUUUUUUAGCUUUACAAGAAGCUGCAGAAGCUUUCAUAGUUCAAUUAUUUGAAUCUGCUCAACGUUGUGCUAUUCAUGCUAGACGAGUUACAGUUAUGAGUAAAGAUUUACAAUUGGUCACAUGUUUACAGAAUAUCCCGACUACAUCCAAUUUUCGACAUCUUGAACAUGGAAAUACUCAAUCUAGAAAAAUGAUAUAUUCAAAUAAAGAUCAAAAUGAGUCUGAUGAAAUCAGCUCUUAA